AUGGAAUAUCUUACUUUCCUUUUGGCUAUUCUUCAUAUAUACAAAGCUCUAUGUGAAGAGGUAUUUUGGGACUCAACAGUUAAACUUGCUGAGAACAUGACUCUAGAAUGUGUGUAUCCAUCGACGGACACCUUAACGCAGAUGGAGUGGUUCAAAGUUGAUACAGUGAAAACGGACAUUGCCAUUUUCCACCCAUCUCAUGGUGAGAUUAUAAGGGAGUCCUAUCGCGACAGAGUUUACUUUCUCAAUUCAACGAUGGCUCCCAAUGAUAUGACUCUUUCUUUUCAUAAUGCCUCCGAAGCUGAUGUUGGCUUUUAUUCCUGUUUUCUUCAUACUUUCCCAAUGGGAACUUGGGAAAAAGUGAUACGAGUGGUUCAGUCAGAUAGUUUUGAGAUAGCUGUGCCAUCAAAUAGUCACAUAGUCUCAGAACCUGGACAAAAUAUUACACUCGCCUGUCAGCAACAAAUGACGUGGCCGGUUCAACAAGUUACGUGGGAAAAGAUCCAGCCCCAUCAGAUUGACCUCUUGAUGUAUUGCAACUUGUUCCAAGGCAGAAAUUACACCUCAAAGUACCGGAGACAAAUAUUGAUCAACUGCAGCCAGGGAGGGAGGAGCUUCAUCAUUAUCCCAAAUGUCACUACCUCUGACUCGGGACUUUACCGCUGCUGUUUCCAGGCACACACAGGAGAAAAUGAAACCUUUGUGAUGACAGUGACCAUAACAGAUGGUAAAACCAAUAGCCAACAUAUCCCCUUUGUGGCUGGAGGGACAGUUUUAUUGUUGUUUUUUGUUAUCCUAAUUACCACCGUCAUUGUCAUUGCCUAUAACAGAAGGAGACGGAGACAGAACAGAGACCUAUUAGAAUCCUGGGAUACACAGGAGAAGGCACCCAACAACUAUAGAGGUCCUAUCUCUAUCAAUCAAUCAGUGGAUGAUGCAAGAGAAGAUAUUUAUGUCAACUACCCAACCUUUUCUCGGAGACCAAAGACUAGAUUUUAA